CUUCCGGCGCCGUACGACAUGUCGGACACGGACAACGCGUUGUACCCGCACGAUCCGGCUAAGGGGUACUUCCGACACCUAUGGCAACCGCCGACUGACCUAUAUCCACAUUUUCUGUUUCCACCGAAAACUACCACCAGCACAGCACGUAAUUCGCACUUUUCUAACACCAUGGAGCACCAGCAAUCCACCGGAAACGUGAAGGUGAUGUCGACUUCGAAUGGAAAACUGAGCUUCGUGGAGUCGCAACUAGAGAAUCCUCUGGUGGAGCCGGCCCACAUGUCGGGGAGCGUGAUUGGGGGCUCGGUGUCGCACUCCGGCAUCAUGGGCCAAAAUCCCGCGAACCACUUAAGCGGCGCGGGCGCCUCGGUCAUUCUCACCCACCACACCAACGGCUCCAUGGUCGGCGAAGAUGACUUGGACGCGUCCGCAGCACAAAGUAAACACAUUGACGCCGUAUAUCCUGAUGCAAAUGAGGAGCUUACAAGGAACAUGUUCCAGAGCACGUGUCACGUAGCUUUGGCCAGUUGCCGUAGCGAGCCGGCCUGUCGCGGUGCCCUUCAGCCGGUUCUGUUGCACUGCGACGCAGCGCGCUGUUCUCGCCGUCACUGCAUGGACGCGCUGCAAGCCUUCUACAGGUCACAGGGACUUGGAUGGAGAAUGGAUGUCGCAUUUUGCUGGUGCAAAAAAACAAGCGAUCGUGCCGACGAGUGCAUGUUGGCGCAAGAACGGUUGCAUCCCGUCUGCGCCAGGAGACCUGAGCCGCAACCCAACGGUCUUUCAGGAGGAGUUAUUAUACCACCGACACCCGCCUGCCACACGGUAGCUGAGACAUGCCGCGAGGAAGAAGAGUGCCGUCUGCGGUCUAGAUGCAUACUUAGGUAUUAUCAGCACUUGGUAUUAUCUGGUAAAAAAAUACACUCCAUGUUGUCUUAUUGGGCGAUUGGAGAUGUACGAGCAGUCGUGUGCUGUGGACAGCGUGACCAAGAAAUGCGCAGGACCGGCGUCCGAGUGCCGCGUGGCGAUGCUCGGCAUUCUUGGACUGAACUGCGUACCACUGCGCCUGCAAGGGCGCCGAUCUAG